AUGCACGAAUACUCCGGUCCGCAUCCUAAAGCUAUGAAGCUGGCGAAGCGCUUGUGGGAACGCAGUGCGUUUUUGGCACAGCGUGAGAUUGAUCUGGAGAAGCAUUUGCAUAUGCUUCACUGCCUGAAGCCCGUUUUUUCUGCCUGGCCAGCUAGACUCAGCCAGAUUGCAGCGCAUGCUGAAACACUGUUUACCAUGUUGCGAAGGACGAGGAAGAAGGAGUUGCAGGACGAUGCCUUCAACGACGCUUUGGCAGAUCUUCCAGCACUUCGCCGGAUCCUCAAAAAGGAAAUGAUUUGGGUUGUUGAUUCAUUGUGGCCGCAGUGCCGAGGCGAAAGCUUGCAGGACGUGGAGAGGCAGCUUGCGGAUUCGCAGCACCGAGGGCCACAGCCAGAGACGGGGGAAGGCCUCAAUUGCGUGCAGAAUGUCAUUCAGCGCCUGGGGACAGUGAGUGCUAAACAGGAUCGGGCAGCUGUCGGUCAGGAGCAAACAGCAGCGGAGCAGGUGGAAAAGGUGUUGCAGGAGGUUCAAGAAUUGUUGGAAGCCUGCGUGGAGCUGGUACUGAUGAACCGGUUGGGGAGUAUGUUGCACUUCCCAAGUCCCCUGGUGGAGCCCCUCCACGACAAGUGGGACUUCGUCUCCGACCACCUUCCUGUCGGCGCAAGACUUCGCAAGGCCAUGGGCCUGGAGAAGGACCUGUACGUGGUGUCCUGGAACGUCCUCAACCACCACUUCUUGGAGCACAUCGAGAAAGACCUGCAGGGCCUUCGGGGCUCGAGCAUUCACCGUGCGAGUAAGAUGAGCAUGAAGAGGGUCCGGCUGAUCGUGGAUGCCGUCAAGACGAUGCUAGACCGUCAGUCCGAGAUGCCAAAGGCCAUCGUCUGUCUUCAGGGAUGUUGGCCGGAGCUUGUCGGU